GCAUUCAAACAACCGUGUUGCGCUGAUGCAGGCGCGCAGGUGACGUUCACGACAAUUUCAAACCGUUGUUGAAAUGUAAAUUCGGGUUACAGUCGAUACGAAAUUACAUGCAGCUGGUGUCGUGGAUCGAGAUGCUGUUACAGAAAAUUAAUCAGCACCUUCAGACGGCUGCUGAAGAUGAGCAAGGAGUCAGACUCUGAUGAGGAGGCAGGGUCGGGGAGCGGUGCUGACUCGGACUGGCUGAGUGAGGAAGGGCCUUUAAACCUCCGGGAUCAAGGGAGGAAGAGGAAGCUGAGGAGACAGAGCAGCAGGCAGGGCUCGUUGUCUCUCAGUGCCUCACGUCAGAAGAGACCCAGAAGCAGUUCCUCGGUCCAUCAGCGCCUGGGAAGGAGCAUAAAAACUAAACCCAAGUUUCCUGUCACAUGUGGGAAUAAAAAAGGCAUCCUACACAAAGAUAAGUUUAACAAAUGUGAGCCGUGCAUCUUGUCUGAGAGUCAGUGGUUCACUCCGACUGAAUUUGAGAAGUUUGGAGGAAAAGAGAGAAACAAAAAGUGGAAGAUCAGCAUCUUUUACGGUAGUAUUCCGCUACAAACAUUUAUACAGAACGGCUUUCUUUCCUCCCCGAGGUUUAAAACAAAGCGUUCACAGGAUAAAGAGCCAGGGUUCAGGAAGGAACUGUUUCUGUCCAGACGUACCAGAUAUGACAAUCAUAUGUCUGAGUCUGUCAGCGCCUCAGACUCGAACUCGGAGUCCAAUCACAGCGAUGACGAAGAUGAGGAGGAGGAAGAUGAUGACGAUGAUAAGGAAGAUGAUCGGGUCACUGAGAGAGAGUUCACUGGAAACUUCUUUAACGUCACAUGUUCUACAGGGAGAGGGCGUCUGCACGUAAACCGCUUUGCUACAGAGACUUGUGGGAAAUGCAUCAGGACGGAGGAUGCCUGGCUCACCCCCAAGGACUUCCUCAACCAGAACAAACCUGACGGAAACUGGAGGCGGGACAUUAUAAGUAAUGGCGACCCUCUGGGAAUGCUCAUAAUGAGGAGGAUGUUGAAGCCUCACAUGCUGAACUGCAGGUGUCCAAUCUGCACAGGAAAUCCUCUAUAUCUGCUGGACCAGAACAAUGAUGAUGUGUGCUUUAAGUGCAAUCAUGAAGGAGAUCUGGUGUGUUGUAAUAAAUGUCCACGUGCUUUCCAUCAUCACUGCCACAAGCCUGCUUUAACGGACGACACAACCGGUGAUCCCUGGUCCUGUUCCUUCUGCAAGAAAUCUCUUUCCAUCUGCAAGAAAUGAGAGCCAGUGACCCGUCCUGAAUGUUCACGUGUGUGUGUGCAUGUGUGUGUGCGCCCAUUUCACUGAUUUGGAAAAAUGUAUUUUUUUUUUAAAUCAUGGUGGUGUAGUGGUUAGCACGGUCGCCUCACAGUAAGAAGGUCCGGGUUCGAGCCCAGCGGCCGGCGAGGGCCUUUCUGUGUGGCGUUUGCAUGUUCUCCCCGUGUCUGCAUGGGUUUCCUCCGGGUGCUCCGGUUUCCCCCACAGCCCAAAGGCAUGCAGUUAGGUUAAUAUGGGACGGCCUUGGGCUGAGGUGCCCUUGAGCGAGGCACCGAACUCCCAACUGCUCCCCGGGUGCUGUUAGCAUGGCUGCCCACUGCUCUGGGUAUGUGUGUGUGCUCAUUGCUCACGUGUGUGUGCAUGUGUGUGUUUACUGCUUCAGAUGGGUUAAAUGCAGAGAGCAAUUUCACAAGUGUGUGAUGAAUAAAGUUGUGCUUUUUUAUCUU